CUGCCUGCUGACAUCCCCAAGCCCUGCACUUUUUAAUAGACGCUUUUGGAUGAUCUACAGGGAAAAGGCUUGGAGAGGUGUGUUUCUGACAAGGCAGAAAGUCACCCGCACUACCAGGGACUUGCUUUAACUCUUGUGUUUUGAAUUGAUUUCUAUUGGGUUUGUUUUUUUUUCCUGGGAGGAGGGGGAUUCUUCAUUUUCACACUUCAUGUUUUUCUGAAAACUUCGCUGAGAUUCACCCCUUGCACCAGCCUGGACUAAUGGAUUACCACCUGCUUGGACUAAUUUUGUCUUUUCUCUUCAAUGGCACAAAGGUCUUAGCCGGUUACCCAAUUUGGUGGUCCCUUGCACUAGGUCAGCAGUACAGCUCGCUGGGGUCCCAGCCCAUCCUCUGCGGCUCCAUCCCCGGCCUCGUCCCCAAGCAGCUCCGCUUCUGCCGCAACUACAUUGAGAUCAUGCCCAGUGUGGCCGAGGGGGUGAAGUUGGGCAUCCAGGAAUGCCAGCACCAGUUCCGGGGCCGGCGCUGGAACUGCACCACCAUCGAUGACAGCCUGGCCAUCUUCGGGCCAGUCCUGGACAAAGCUACACGCGAGUCUGCCUUUGUCCACGCCAUCGCAUCGGCAGGGGUGGCCUUCGCCGUGACCCGCUCCUGCGCUGAGGGCACGUCCACCAUCUGCGGCUGUGACUCCCAUCACAAAGGACCUCCAGGAGACGGCUGGAAAUGGGGGGGAUGCAGCGAGGAUGCCGACUUCGGUGUGCUGGUGUCCCGGGAAUUCGCUGACGCCAGAGAGAACCGGCCGGACGCACGCUCGGCCAUGAACAGGCACAACAACGAGGCCGGCAGGACGACCAUCCUGGACCACAUGCACCUCAAGUGCAAGUGCCACGGUCUCUCGGGAAGCUGCGAGGUGAAGACGUGCUGGUGGGCCCAGCCUGAUUUCCGGGCUAUCGGGGACUACCUGAAGGACAAAUACGACAGCGCCUCCGAGAUGGUGGUGGAAAAGCACCGCGAGUCUCGGGGCUGGGUCGAAACUCUGAGGGCCAAGUACGCUCUUUUCAAGCCACCGACAGAGCGGGAUCUGGUCUACUAUGAGAACUCCCCCAAUUUCUGUGAGCCCAACCCCGAGACGGGCUCCUUUGGGACAAGGGACAGAACAUGCAACGUCACCUCCCACGGCAUCGACGGCUGCGACCUGCUGUGCUGCGGUCGCGGCCACAACACCAGGACUGAGAAACGGAAGGAGAAGUGUCACUGCAUCUUCCACUGGUGCUGCUACGUGAGCUGCCAGGAGUGCAUACGUGUCUAUGAUGUCCACACCUGCAAGUAAACAUAGGUAGGUCUCCAGCUGAUGGGAGGUUGCUCCAGAGCAGGGCCAUGGGGUCCGUCAACCCUGUGAGCAGCCCCCAUGUGCUGGCCUCAUGCUUCAGAGGAUGGCAUUAACAAACCCUAAUGCCCUGGGCCGGGGCAGGCACCCUCACACAGCCAGCACCAGCGCUGCAGAGGGGGCUCUCAGCAUCUCACCCACACAAGGCAGCCCAAAGUAAGACCUGGUGCUGCAGAUGAGCUCCGUCACUGAUCCGCUGCCUUCUCGUGUGCUGUUUGGCAUGACGGACUAACCGGGGAGAAGCAGGGACAGCGAAAGCUGAAGUGAGGCACAGCCACACUAGCCAGCGUGCUGCUGACACAGCAUGCAAAUCUUCCAGCUCUGUCCUCCUCCGGAGGUCAGGCCCACAUAGA